AUUGUAUUUUACGAUAACAAGAACGUCGGUUAUCGUUACAAAUACGCAGAACCUACGACGAAGAACAACUAUCAGCCGAUAUUCCACUGGGAGUUUGUUGGUUGGGACGACUGCUCGAACAGGUGCGGAGGUGGCGUGGAGACUUCCGAGGCUAAAUGCAUCGAGGAGAAGUCCGGACUGGUGUCUGCAUCCUUGUGCCAGGCUAGCGAAAGACCAGUAGCGAGAACGAGGAAAUGCAACGAGCAAGCUUGCAGGACUAAAUGGAGGAUUGGGAAAUGGGGUAAGUGCUUGGCGUGCAAGGACCAGUCUGGUAUCAGGAUAAGAGAGGUGGAGUGCGUGAGGGAAGCGUCAAGAGCUGGUGAAGAUGAUGUCCUCGUGGAAGAUCAGGAAUGCAGCGAGAAGAAACCAGGAUCCAAGGAGCUGUGCCAAGCGCAAACCGUUUGCGUUGCAAAGAAGAGGGCUGCAGGACUACCGUCCCACAUGAUGCAACGCGUCUGGUUACAGACUGUUGGAAACGCGCCAGACGCUGAUCCCCGGAUACUGCAGCGCGUGGAAUCCAUUCGGAAUCUGAACAAGAUGGUUCGAGAUGUUCGGGACUACAAUGUGAAAAAGCGCUUGUUGAGUUGCGAUGCCCCCGUAACCCAGCCGAAGGUCGGAGAGCAACAGCACGGGGAUAAGGAUAAAGCGAAGCCUAAACUGAACGCGGGAUCCGUCGUGAAGGAUCACGUCGACCCCGAGGACAUCAAAAUCAUCGAAAUCCCGGUCAAGCAAUCCUCGUCUGCGAUCAAUCUAACGGACGCGGCUUACGAGUCGAUGGGAGACACGAUUCCCGACACCCUCGACAUGUCCAAAGAGAAAGUCAUCAAAGGCGAAGCUGCCGCGAAAAUACUCAACGAACAGCAACACAAAACGCCGGAUAUCGUUGAGAGCAACUGAUGAUCAUAUUCGUCGUUACAUAGUUUUUACU